UCAUUGCAUUGCUUGUGGAACUCUGAUCGAAGGUCCGGAAGCGAAGCAGAAGAGUCUGAGCUCGAAUGGUCGAGUCAGUCAGAGAGUCAGUCCGAGUGAAUGAGUGAGACUCAGAGGCCGUGAGAGGAGGAGGAUUGAUGAGUUGGGAAGUGGAGGUUGCUUUCCGACGAGGAAGGACCCGAUAGAGAGAGAAAAGAGGCGAAGAGGCCGAGCAGAUCCGAGCCCAGGCGCGAAGGAAAUCCCGUGCGACGAAGAGCGGAGAAUGUUUAUCGGGUUAGGUAGUCCAGCGGCCACAACGCGGAGAAUGCAAUUGGGAGAGGAAGGCGGUGCAGUCGUUGCAUGCUCUGCGUCUGCGCCUGCAGCACCCCACACACAAACCAAUCUUAAGGAGAAAACAGGGAAGAGUUUCUUGGAUUGUUUCCGCGAACAUUUGCUGGGUAGUGAUGAGUUUGAAGGAUCGACAAUGGACCCUUGUGCAAAGUCGAGCAUGAAACCCGUCCUCCCUCCCACUUCGUCUCCUCCACGCUCAAUUGACCACCGCAUCGAUGCGUUCCAGGGCUUCCAGAGCUUCCCUGAACAGCAGGCCUCCAUUUCCCUGUCCGACAGCUUCACAUUCUUCUCUAGCUCUGAAUCUGCGCCCGCUCCCGCUCCCGCCCUCGCCCAAGGCCCUUUCGCUGCUCCGCCCCGGGGUGGCGUCAACGAGGCGAAUGUGGCAGCUGCUGCCGCAGGCCCGGCAAAGAAGAUAGAAGACGCCUCCAGUCCCACGACGUCCAAUUCGUCGGGAUCCAAGCUGUUGAUGAUAACCCGAAAGCUUAAAUAUGGGCUGGGCGAGAAACUGGCCGAAAGCAUUAGGGAAACGGUGGGGGAAGUGGUCAAGAACGAAGUGAAGAAGGACAGCGCGAACAUCGGAGUGGUGGAUCAAUUUUGCAAAGGCUUCCCUGCAGCAGCAGCAUCAGCAGCAGCAGCCUCGGACGCCUCGUCGUCGCCGCCGAGGCCCUUCGGCGAGGACUUUCUGAACUCUGAGCCCUGCCAAUCGGAAUCCACAACCGUGACAUCCCUCUCGGACACUUCAUCGGGGGCGUCCUCUAUCUCGCCCACACAAAGAAAUCGGCGGGCGCUGCCGAAUCUCUCGCUGCCCCGGCCCUGCGCGGUGACCGAGGAAUUUCUGCGCGACUCUGAGACCCGGUUGCAACAGGGCGGUGCAGCAGCCUCAUGGCAGCGAUCCCCGCGCUUGAGCCCUUACGGAUCGAAGCGCAUUGUCAGCACUCCUCCCAGUCUCAGUGCGCAUUUGACCCACCACAAUGAACCGCUUCCUCUCAACGAGAAUGACUCCGAAGACAUGAUUCUGUACGGCGUUCUCAAAGAGGCUGCCAACACGGGCUGGGCUCCCACCACUCCUCGCCCUGCCGCAGUCGUCGCUCCUGCUCCUCUUGCACAGCUGCAGCUGCAGCAGCAGGGACAUCCCAUCGUCAAAAGAGAGCCUGCAGAUGUUGCGCCGUUGAAAAGAAGUCUUCCCAAAGUUGCUCCGACGAUGAGCAUCGCACAAAAGAUGAAGCAGCAGCAGCAGCAACACCAGCAACACCACCAACAACAACAACAACAGCGGAAGGAUGUCGUUCCCGCAGCGAAGCCUCAGCACCAUCAUUACAGGGGCGUGAGGCAAAGGCCUUGGGGAAAAUUCGCAGCAGAAAUUAGAGAUUCGGCAAGGCAAGGUGCUCGCAUUUGGCUGGGCACUUUCGACACCGCCGAAGAGGCAGCCACGGCGUACGAUCACGCAGCUUUGUCGAUGCGAGGCUCCCGUGCGCUUCUAAAUUUUCCUGCCAAGUUGGCCGUACCUUCUUCCUCGCGAGCUUCGUCCUCUGCCAGUAAUGCGAUCGCGGAGAAAGUGAGCGCUGCCAGGCGGCAACAUAGCGACAAAGCUGCUGCAGCCUCACUUCUUAGAGCGAGUCAAAAUAAUAUGAACACCGGCAAGGUCGAUGCUUCGUCUGUCAACCAGCAGCAAAAGAGACCGCGGGAUGACACAGCACCGGAUUCCAAACCUCAAUCCAAGCAGGCACGCAUUGCUGUGUCUCAGCCCUGGCAUGUAGGACCACAGGCGCAACAGCAGCAGCAGCAACAACAGGGCUCUUCGGUCAUGGAGGUGGAAGACCUUGGCGUGGAUUUUCUGGAGGAACUUCUGUCCAGGAGUUCAGGCCCUGAUCUCACCACAGCCCCACCUGCCAUACCAGGAUUCGCGGGUUUCGGAGUCUCAGAUUACUUCCCCGAGUUCUUUUAAGUGGAGAGUUGCUUGUAGGCUGCAGCAAACAUCUGCGCCGAGCCUUUUUGUCAGUGUAGACAUCCCCAUCCAUUCUUUCGUUGCUCUUCGCAGCUCUGAACUUAUUCCUAGCGUCGGCUACUCGGGAAAUCUCGCGCCUUAUUCCUUGAGUUCGAAUCCCGAUUGUAAUUUAGUAGGCGAUCGGUGACAGAUUGUACUCUUAUUAGACAACUGUAGACACCAUAUAGCCCGGAGCUUUCCACCUUUCUAGGGAAAGAGAGACACCGCGCAGGCCAGAAAUUGUAAAGAAGAAUCAGAUUUUACGGUUGCCUGAUUCAAAUUUUCAUCCAUAACAGGAACCCAUCUGUAGUAUAUGAUCACGUAGUUUGUCCGAUCUUAAAAUGUUCACUCAUGGUGGCACCAGCGCGAAGCUGACAUCUCCAGAGUUCUGGUCACAAGUCUCAACCAGGGAUGCGUUUGUGCAUCCUAGGAAGACUGAGUUAGAAGGAUAAUUGUACCAAAUGAUAAUGGACGCAACUUUAUACCGAUAUACCCUUUCAAUCUC